AGGGAGGGAGGAGGGGGGUUGAGGGUUUAUUUUAAAACUAAGAGAAAAGCUGGGGACUCCGGCAGCGAUGGCGGCGGAGAGACCGAUCCCUCAGCUGAUGGAAAGCUUCAAACCAGCCGGUGCCGGCGACACCUCGACUGGCAACGGGGCUGGGAAGAAAGGUGAGAGAGAAGAGGAGGAAAGAACAAAAGUACAAAAGAUCAUCGAAGGAAAUAGUGAGCUCUUCACGGACACUCACUGCAAAGUGUGUAAUGCUGUGCUGAUAUCAGAGUCCCAGAGAUUAGCACAUUACCAGAGCAAGAAACAUGCUAAUAAAGUACGUCGCUAUGAGGAGCUCCAUCAAGAUGGUGAACCAGUUGCCAAAAUAAUAAAAAAGGAUUCCACUGACAGUAGCAAUGGAGAAGUGGAUCGGAAUAAGUAUUGUCCUCUAUGUAAUAUGACUUUUACGUCACCAGUUGUUGCCCAAUCCCAUUACCAGGGAAAAAACCAUGCAAAAACUCUGAAAUUGAAGCAGAAGCAAGAUGAGACAACCCCAGCAUGCUCUGCUGCCCCAAAGGCAAAGAAAGAAGAUGUCCCAACUUUUACUGAGCAGUCCAAUGUUGAACCUGGGAGCAGUGACCCUGACAAAUACUGUAGCCUGUGUCAAGCUUUUUUUAACCAUCCUGCUAUUGCUAAACAACACUAUGUGGGUAAAAGACACAAGAAGCGUGAGACAAAAGCAAAGUUGUUGGAACAACUGGGGCAAACUGAUAAUAACUCUGCUGCUGCUAAAGGCUAUCCCUGUAACACCUGUAACAUUGUUCUGAACUCAAUAGAACAGUAUCAGGCACACAUCCAGGGAACCAAACACCAGAACCAGUUGAAACCUAAUGAAUUUACUGCAGAAGAUGAUGAAGGGGGCUUUGAACUUUUUGAAGAUGACGUCAUCUAACAAUGUUGGCAUGGUGCUCUCCUCAUCAGUGAAUGUUACUCAUGCAGAGGCCUGUUGGCCCAAGUUCAUGUUUGGAUCUGCAUACUGUUGAGAAAACACUUCUACUGAUACAACAACCUAUUAUGCUGAGCUCUAGGGCCCAAUGUGUUUGUUUUAAUUUUAAGUUUGUGCAGAAAGCUGAAGAGAUUGGAAGUAAAAGAACUACAUUUAAAGUAGCAAGUGGUGCUUUUCAUCAUUUGUUUAGCUAUGGGAGAUGCCUCCAACUCAGUACUUUGGUAACUGAAUUGAAAAACUUGUAGCCCUGUCUCUUAAUUCCAUUUGUUUCUUAAGCCCAGUAAAGUUGGUUUCGCUCUUUAGGGAAUGGCAGGAAACUUUGGUACAAAUGAACAAUUCUAAAUGUUUGCUGUACAACUAGCUUGGUAGCCUUUGAAUUGCAGCCUAGUUAAGAUGAAGACAUUGUUUGUAAAUCAUUGCACUGAUGUGCCAUAACCUGAUUGUGCUUCUUUCACCAUCCCAUUUAAAUGAUCUAAUGUUAACAAUUUUCUAGCUGUCUCCCGACAACAUGAAUCUUAGCUGGUUCUUGUUAGACUGAUUGUGGAGGAACUGAAUGAGAUGCAGUCUUUUUAAUUAAUGGGACUAAUCCUGAUUUAUCAUCUCUUGCAUAUUCGGAGGCUUGAGAAAUCUGUGUCCCAUAUCUGUCUCAUUGCUGAAUUUCAUUAUUAAAUGGCCAUUCUUGUCUGAUAUCUGAUAAUUAGCAUAUCACAAUUAUCUAAAACUUUAUGCAAGCUAAUCCCUCGAAUUUAUUUACAGCUGGUUAUUUUGACUUGCAACACUGGAAAAUGGUUUGAUAGAGCAUCAUAUAACAUCGCAUGUGAUGACUAUCUGAAAAGGCAGUAGUUAGUAGUUACUGCAGCAUUCAACAGAUUAUUCGUAGUUUAUUACUAUUCCUAACUGUUCAAACAUUAUUUUGAAUAGACCAAUUUGUUGUCAAUCAAAAAUUGGGCCACAGUUCACACCUUGUUAGUUAAUAACUUGAUUUAUUUUGAAUUUGCUGUAAAAUGUCACCUCAUCCCAGCAAUCCUUUAAAUUACGAGCUGCCUCUAAGUGACCCUGAGUGCUGCAUACAUUUCAGACCUGAACACACUUUCAGAUUGGGUGACUUAUGUUGAGAAACCUGGAGGUUAAUACAUGUGCAACAAAUGUUAAUGUUUAAGAUGCCAUAAAAAAAGUAGUAUGUUUGGUGUGUUCUGACACUAUAUUUUGUUGUGUAUGUUUGUGUUUUUUUUAAAUUACUUGACCUAUAAUGGGGAACAGAAGGGAAACUGCUUUAAUUGUCAGUGACUGAAAACAUCUGUUCUGAACUGAACUGAACUGUGUGCAGACCUCAUACAAGAAUGGACCCAGGAGCUCAGCGUACUCUUCCGUAUUUACAUAAUUUGGGUGUCUGUUUUAAGCAUUUAGACUUUUCUUCCUUUGCUUCCAAUACAUACUUAGACCUCACAAGAUUUGUUGAAAAAUCUGUGACCCUUGACAGUUUUUGUACUUUUAUUCUCUUCGUGCACAAUAAAUGUAGAAUUAGUUUCCCUAUCAAA